AUGCGCAGUGCCAUGCGAGCCAUGCGCAUCACGCUGCGAGCCCUCGCGGCCGCGCUGCUGCUCGCGUCGACGGCGACGUCGCUGUCGCUGCGCCCCCUCGCGCGCGCCGCGAAGGUGCUCGGCAAGACGAAGCCCUGCGGCCUCGUCAACGCGCCCGGCGCGCCGACCUACGACGCGUCAAAGCCGCUCAAGGUCGUCGUCUGGAACAUCCAGUACGGCGCGGGCAUCCGCCAGCACUUCUUCUACGACGGCGGCGACGCCGUGUCGACGCCGCGACACGAGGUCGAGUUCCACACGGAGGCCAUCGGCGACGCGCUCGCGGCGUUGGCGCCGGACGUCGUCCUGCUCCAGGAGGUCGACCGGCGGUCCGCGCGGACCCACCGCAUCGACGAGCUGGCCGUCGUCGGCGAGAAGCUGGCGGCCGUCGGCCUCGUGAACCGCGCGAGCGCGGCCUACUGGCGCGUGCCCUACGUGCCGCACCCCAAACACGACCACGUCGGCCGCAUCGGCAUGCACCUCGCGACGUUCAGCAGGUACGCGCUCGGCGGGGCGACGCGCUACCAGCUGCCCCUGCUCAAAGAGUCGCGCCUGCGGCGCCUCUUCAACCUGCGGCGCGCGGUUUUAGCCACGCCGCUCGCGGGCGACUCCGCCGUGACGCUCCUCAACACGCACCUGUCCGCGUUCUCCUUCGGCGACGGCACGGUCGAGCGCCAGGUCGCGGCGCUCCGGGAGACCAUCCUGCCGCGGCAGACGAGGAACUGGCUCCUCGCGGGCGACUUCAACUCGCUCACGCCCUACGAGGCCGCGGCGACGCUGUCCAAGGACGAGGCCGCGCUCUACCCGGAGGACGAGACGCCCGUCGCGCCGCUCUACGCGUCGACCGUGCCCCUCUGGGCGUCACCGGAGGACCGCAUCGACACCUACAAGCCCUGGACGUCGCCCGCGCCGGACCGCACCAUCGACCACGCCUUCGCGUCGCCGGGCGCGGCCUUCUCCGACGCCAAGGUCGAGCGGACGGACGGCUACCUCAGCGACCACCAGCCCGUCUCCCUCACGGUGACAUGGACGCUGCUCGCGCUCGCGCCCGUCGCCCGCGCGCUCGUCGAGCUGCCGCCCAUCGACGAGGGCGGCGGCGAGGGCUACGUGGACGGGCGGAAGCCGCUGCGCUACGUGGAGGACCCGGACGCGGAGGUCGCCCGGUCGAUGAGCCGGAGACUCCUCCCCGCGCUGGCCUGCGCCUGGGCCGCCGCCGCCUACGUCGCCUACCGCGCGUUCCGCUCCAACUCCUGGCUCUCCGUCGCCGGCGUCGCGGGCAUCGCGUGGCUGUUCCUCAAGGCGUGA